UUUUAACGCUUUAUGCUAAUAGUGGUCGAUAUUCAAGUAACCAUGUAUUUUUGUUUGGUUACUUUAUUGAUAGCUUCUGCAACCGCGUUUAAAAGUAAUUACAACUACUUUUUGAAAAAUGUAGACUUCACUCAAAUGGAUUUGAGUUCAAUCGAAGAAAAAUGGAUAGACCAGCCACUAGACCAUUUUGAUCCAAAUGAGAAAAGAACAUUUAAAAUGAGGUACUUCGAGAAUCUACAGUUUUGGCAGCCGAAUGCUCCAAUAUAUAUAUUCAUUGGAGGAGAAGGGGAACAGCAGAAUUUUUGGACAUCGGACAGUGAUAAUAUGAUAACAGGUCAAAUGGUGAAAGAAACUCAUGGAACUCUCUUUGCUACUGAACAUAGAUAUUAUGGUAAAAGUAUGCCAGAUAUUCCGAAAGAUAAUGCCAUUGCAUACCACAAGUUCCUAAGGUCUGAGCAAGCCCUGGAAGAUUUAGCAAGUUUUAUAAAAAUGCUGAAGUCGGACUCAAAGUACAGGUCAUCUAAGGUUGUUGUGGUGGGUGGAUCGUAUGCAGGGAAUCUCGCAGCUUGGAUGAGGGAACUAUAUCCUGAGCUGGUGGACGCAGCCGUCGCCGCCAGCGCCCCCGUCCUCGCCAAGAAAGACUUUCAUGAAUAUCUAGAUGUCGUUCGAGAGACAUUCCGUAAAUAUGGGACUGAAGAUUGUCUAGCUAAAAUUGAAAAGGAAUGUAAAGGGAUUGAAGAUUUAUUAAAUACUUCAGAUGGAAGAGAAGAGAUAAAGAAAAAAUAUAAUAUAUGCCCGGAUAACGAUUUGACAGUGUUAGAAAAUCAACAAUUCUUAUUUUUUUUAUAUGUGUACGUUCCACUAGAUGGCAUUUCUCAAGGUAAAUUUCCCGAUGACGUUAAAAACUGGUGUAAUCGGAACCCUCUGCAAUUUAAUCCGUCGCAGUCAAGUAUUUCGUACGGCGAUUGCUACAGCGUAGACUUUGAAUCUUUUGAUUGGACUGUCAUGAUUAAUGGAUGGGUAUAUCAAUUUUGCAACGAAUUCGGUUAUCUGGUAACAACAUCGUCCGAAAAACAACCUUUUGUACACUGGAAUCCUCUAGAUUUUAUGCUCAAAAUAUGCAAAAAAUACGUUAAAGGAGACGUUGAAACGAUUAUGGACGAAGGGAUAGCCAAGACGAAUUUGAGGUACGGAGGGUUGACUCCUAAUGUAACUAAGGUAGUAUUCUCACACGGUGAUAUGGAUCCUUGGCAUGCUUUAGGUGUGGUUCAAGACUUAGGGCCUGAGGCUCCGGCCAGAGUAAUAAAAGGGACAUCGCAUUGUGGAGUUCUGGCUUAUAGUUUCAGGGAACCACAGGAAAUGGCAGAACACCGAAAAUACGUGAAGGAUUUGAUUAUUAAAUGGAUUUCGUAAUCAUU